AUGAGUUUGACGGAUCUGGGCUCUCGCGAGAGCAUUGGUUCGCUUGGAAAAGGUGACACGGUGAUCCACGUGAUCGAUGACAUUCGCCAGAUUCGCAAGGACUUUUUCUGCAAGCAAUCGCAGCUGCUGGAACACAUGAAGUACUUCGAAGCGUGCUUGGUGGGCGUGUCGCCUGACGAUGAAGUCGAAAUCUCGGUGCAUUGCGACAUCAAGGUCUUUGAGUGGCUUGCAGAGUACAUGGAUGGUUCCAGAGAAGUUUCCACUUUGGAGACAAAGGAUGUGGUGUCCAUUCUGAUCUCGGCAGAUUUCUUGCAGAUGAGAGCGCUGGUGGAGGAGUGCAUCGAGCGCAUGUACGGCUCCCUGGAACACAUUCUCGCUUUGCCACUGGAUCUAGGUUGCCUGCCGGAGCGUCUAGUCCUGAGCCUGGCGGCAUACUUUGACCUGAGCACUUUGGAGAAGUUGGAGGACAAGCACGAUCGUCUGAAAAGUCGCUUGUACGCUCACAAGCUGCAAGAGAUUCUGUCCAUGGAGGAACAUGUGUUUUUCUGCUGCAGCCGCUGCCGCCGGAUUUUCACGGCGGAGGAGCGCAAGCUUCAGAUCUGUCCCCAGGCGCCGGCGUCAGGCGAAGCACCGAGCAUGUCCUCGGUCCCCACGUUGCUACAACACAGCAUAGAUUCCACGUGGGACGUGGGGGAGUACGUGCAUCAGCUACGAGAGAUCCACUCGUGGUCUCAACUGUUCUGGAAGAUUUGGGGCAGGCUGCAGCACUUCCAAUGCAAGAUUUGCAAGGUGACAUUUACCGGUUUAGAGCUUCAUCAGUGCAGGUAUCAUCCAGAGCCGGCGGUACGACUCCCCGAGUCAGAUUCAGUGCUUCAUCCCUGCUGCGACGUUGUGGAAGGUGGCAGUGGCUGCCAAGUGAGAAGUCAUCAGCCAUUCUGCGAAAGUUCGGUGGAUGAAGUCGCACUGGAUUGCAUUUUGAGGCACCAAGACGACUUUGGCCACGAUGAUCAUCUUCUCUUCGUCCCAGCGGCAUCCUCUUCGGAGUCCAAUGAAUCGAAAGGUGCCGCCGGGGCGACCUGGAAGACAGAGGAGGACCUUGAAGUUACACUGCCUGAACUCCGAGCUCGAUACUGCUGUGAACCAGCGCCAGAACAUUCUGCCACUGCCCCGAGCAGCCAGGUGCGGCCCCUCAAACGGCGCCCGCAGUCAGCGCCGCGCACGCCGCGGGCAGAGGUCAACAGCUCCGCCUUGGAGUACAGGCUGCAGCGCUCGCCCUUUUCGGAUGCCAGCGACUUUCAGAAUCUCCUCCGGGAGGACCUGACCGAGACCAGUUCCUCCAGGGGACCAUCCUUCUUUGAGCCAAAGUUGCCCAAGGGUGUGUCGAGCCAAAGAAAGCUCCACCACAUGAUGGAUGUUCUCAGGGAAGACGACCGCCGGCGGAUGGACGAGCUGACGACCAAGAUCUACGCUUGCCGCGCGAAGAGCGCGUUGGCAAAGGCACAGUUAGCAGCACCAAACUCGGCAGCCAGUCAGGCUCACAAGCUCUCCUGGAUGGUUCAGGGAUGGAGUAGUGAGGAUGCCUUGAAGUUUGAAAAUAGGCCGCGGCGACGGCGCUGA